CGCAGAUCAUUGCAUGGGCAACGUCGUGGGCCUGACGGCGGUCCCGGCCGCGGACUCGAGCCAACCGAGCUACUCGGCCACGCUCAUUGAGGCGAUCACGCCCUUUGACAACCUCUCGAUUGAAGAGAUCGAGGCGUACUGGCGCAGCUUCUACGAGCACGCGCAUGGCUUUGCGCUCUCCAAGCACGACUUUGGCGCGAUCUGCAUCGACGUCGCGGUCCACCUCGGCCACUCGCCCGUCCAGAUUGCGCAGAAAGCUGAUGUGCUCUUUGACGUGCUUACGCUCGACUCGCCGUUCAAGCUCCUCGAUGCACUCGAGUUCCUCGCGAGCAUCAUCUUUAUCUCGACAGCACCGGUCCAAGACAAGGUCGAGCUCGUCUUUGAUAGCUGGGAUAUGUCUGAAGAUGGCGCGCUCGACAUCGACGAGUUUACCAUUUCGCUCAAGUCGACGCUCAUGGGUCUCGGCAAGAUUGUCGUGUCCAAGGCCAAUGACAAGACCGUCGACCUACUCGAAGACGACGAGGUUCGGCGCAUCGCGGAAAUGGCGUUCCGCGAUAUGCUGCAUAUUCCGCCGUCGACGAUGAUUCAGCCAACGAUGGCCAUCACGUGCGACGUCUUUCGGAGCUACUGCUUGACCAACCACGACGCGCGAAGUCUCUUUGAUGUCUUUGACGGCGCCGUGAGUGCCUCCAACCACGACGACGGCAGCGCAGACGCACUCGGUGGUCUCGACCCAACGCACGUGCCGGAACGGUCGGCCAAAGAGACGCGGCACAUGGACCCCGAAGCUGCGAUCGAAAAGGCCAGCGAAGCAGACCACGGAGACGAGUUUAUGGCCGUCAAGCCGUGGGAAGGCGCGAUCAUCCCGCCAACGAACCCGCCACCAAUCGACUCGAGCGCCCCGACGGUCGACCUCUCGCUCGAGUGGAUCUUUGGCUACUCGGCCCAAGACGCGUACGCGCGCAACAACGUCCGGUACCUCAAGAGCGGUGAUAUUGCGUACCCCGCUGCCAGCGUAGCCGUGCUACUCGAGAAGGCAGGGCCUCGCCAGCAGCACGUGAUCGCGCACACGGACGACAUCUUGUCCUUCGCCCUGCACCCGAAUCGCACGAUCGGUGCGACGGGCGAGACUGGCAAGACGCCGAAACUCAUUGUGUGGGAUGCCGCCUCGGCCAGCGUACUCUCGACUCACCGCGGGUAUCACAAGCGAGGUAUCAUCCAGCUCGCGUUCUCGUCGUCGGGCAAUCACCUUGCAUCGCUGGGAGCAGACGACGACCACAGUUUGGGCGUCUACUCAACCACCGACCAGUGGAAGACGGGUGCCUUGACGUGGUUUUCCAAGGGCAACAAGGCUGCACCGCUCGACCUCUCGUGGCACCCGACAAAUGACCUCGUCCUUGCCAGCGUCGGCGUCAAGUACCUCGAAGUCUGGACCUGCAACGCAUCGCCCAAGACCGUCGCCAAGGCCAAAGGCAUCUUUGGAAAGACCGGCGUAGUCCAAGGUAUCCUGGCCGCCGUGUGGCUCAACACGGACAGUGGGUUUCUUCUCGUGACUGGCACGCAAGACGGCUCGCUGUACAUCUUUCAGCCGCCCGAGCUCCAGACGGUGAUUCCCAAGGCGCAUGCUGGUGCGGUUCAGAGUUUGUACCUGCUGGACAAGACUCUUGUGAGUGGUGGCAAGGACGGCGUCGUUCGCGUCUGGGCACCGGACAAAGCAGGGUCGCUGACCAGCACACAGUCGUUCGAUAUUAAGGCCCUCGCUGGUCGCACUGGUAGCAUUCAGAGCGUCUGUCUCUCGAACGACCUCACGACCGUCCUUCUUGGCACCCAAGCCUCGGACAUUUUCGAAAUCAACUUGAAGACCAAAGUCAUUUCUCCAGCGCUCCUGUCGGGGCACCACGCCGAUGAGCUCUGGGGCUUGUCCGCACACCCGACGCGGCAAGAGUGCGCCACCGUUGGCGACGACCAGUAUUUAUGCGUGUGGGACUUGGUCAAGAAAAAGCAGCUUCGACGCGUCAAGCUCGACUGCCUCGCGCGCGCCGUCGCGUACUCGCCAGACGGGAAGUACAUCGCCGUUGGUCUUGGCGGCCAGCUGCCGGGGCGAGAGAAGGUCAACAAGCACCCGAAAAAUGGUGCUCUCCUCGUCGUGUACGAGAGCGAUCUGACCAAGGUGGUGGAGCGCAACGAUGCGAAGAAGUGGGUCUCGGACAUCCGAUAUUCGCCGUGUGGCAAGUACCUCGCGCUUGGCAGCCACGACAACAGCAUCGUGCUCUACGAUGCGCUCAACCAGUACACCAAGAAGCACGCGUUCAAGAAGCACAGCAGCUUUAUCACGCAUAUCGACUUUUCCGCCGAUAGCUCCUACUACCAAAGCACAUCGGGCGCGUACGAGCUCCUCUUUGCGGACGCCAAGACGGGCAAGCAAGUCACGCGCGCAUCGGCGCUCAAGGACGAGCAGUGGAGCUCGUGGACGUGUCCGCUGGGCUGGCCCGUGCAGGGCAUUUGGCCGCCUGACAGCGACGGGUCGGACGUCAACGGUGUUGCGCGGUCGCAUGCCGGCACGCUCCUCGCGACAGGCGAUGACUUUGGCAAGGUCAAGCUCUUUCGGUACCCGUGCGCCAAGAAACACGCCGGCUUUGCGACGCUCCAUGGACACUCGUCGCACGUGACCAACGUGGCGUGGUCGGCCAACGACGAGUACUUGCUCUCGACGGGCGGUGGCGACCGGUGUCUCUUUCUUUGGAAGCACGACGUGCAGAAAAUCAAGGGUGCGAAAGCUUCGAUCUCGCCCGUGCGGUCGCCGGUCAAGGGCCACGAAGACGAUGUUGAUAUGGACCUUGUCCGCGGCUCGGAAGGCGAUGAGUUUAUGGCGGUCAAGCCCUGGAUCGGAGCCAUCGUUCCGCCCUCCAAGCUGCCAGUGGUCGACAACACGCAGCCGCCCUCGACGACCCUCAAACUCGCCCACGCCUACGGCUACCAAGGGCAGACGGCAUCCAACAACGUGCGCUUUCUAUCGAAUGGACGCAUCGUGUACCAUGUCGCCGCCCUUGGCGUUGUCUACGACAGCUCUACCAACUCGCAGACCUUCUUCGAGGGCCAUGAUGACGAUAUUGUGUGUCUUGCACUGCACCCCAACGGCAGUUGCGUCGCGACGGGCCAGAUGGGCAAACCACCAACGAUUCAUGUGUGGGAACUCUCAAGCACGAAAGCAGAAAAGGCAGCGGAGAAGUGCAUCAGCCUUGCGUGUCUUAAAGGCUUUCAUAAGCGCGCAGUGCCCGCCGUCGCCUUCUCGACGGACGGAUCCAGGCUUUGCUCCAUCGGGAACGACGACGACCACAGCCUUGCCAUCUACAAGUGGAAAGAAGGUGUCCUCGUCGCGUCUGGCAAGGGCGAGCGCAACAAGGUGAUUGGGGUCCUCCAUCAUCCCGGCACGAACGAGUGGAUCUCGUUUGGGGACAAGCACCUCACGCACUGGACCGAGCAAGGCCGGAACAUCACGGGCAAGAAGGCGAUCUUAGGCAAGCACGGUACGCCGCAGCUCUUUCAUUGUGCCAGCAUGAUACCGAAUGCGACGGGGACCACCUCGGCCCCGACGCGCACUGUUGUGGGCACCCACGGCGGCGAAAUCUACUGCUUUGAGAACAAACAUCUGGUCAAGGUGCUCUCAGGGCACAAGGGCCCUGUGUUUGCCGUCGCUGUCUCCCCCUCCAAGCCCGAGUGGGUCAGCGGCGCCAAAGACGGCAAAAUCAUCCUCUGGGACGUCCACUUGGCGCCCAUCUCGUCGUUUGAAGUGGCGCCGCCGCUCACCAAACUCUUCAACCUCUCGGCCGAGACGGCCAAGCGCUUGCAGGCAAGCUUUGGUGUGCGCAGUGUGUGCUUCAACAGCACCAACACGCGUCUCCUCGUCGGCACGUCCGGCAGCGACAUUGUGCAAUUUGACCGCACGGGCGCCAAAGCCACCGUUGUCACGCAAGGCCACUUUCAAGAUGAAUUGUGGGGUCUCGCAGUCCAUCCCGAUGUCACUAAGCACGAAUUUUGCACCGUCGGCGACGACAAGACGCUGCGGGUGUGGGACGCCGUGCACAAGAUGCAGCUCCGCGUCAAGGCCUUCGACUGCAUCGCGCGCUCGUGCGCGUACUCGAACGCUGCGCCAUACUGGAUCGCUGUCGGUCUCGGUGGGCGCAUCGAAGCCGGCCGCAAGCACCCCAAGUACGGCACAUUGAUUAUCGUCAAGGACGACGAGACGUUUGCCACCGUCUUUGAGGACAAACCGUCCAAGGAGUGGCUCUCGGAGAUCAAAUUUUCGCCCAACAACGCCAUCUUGGCCGUCGGGUCGCACGACACGAGCAUUUACCUCUAUGCGAUCACGGGCAACGCGAUCGUCAAGACGGGCGUCUUCCGCAAGCACACGAGCUACAUCACGCACUUUGACUUUUCGAGCGACUCGAAAUACCUCCAGAGCAACUGCGGUGCGUACGAGCUUUUGUUUUCGGAUCCGUCGAACGCCAAACACAUCACGUCGGCCAAAAGUUUGCGGGACGUCGCCUGGGAGACGUGGACGUGCACCUUGGGAUGGCCUGUCCAAGGCAUUUGGCCGCCGUGCGCAGACGGCACCGACAUCAACGCCGUCCACCGGUCGUCCAACAUGCAGCUCGUUGCGACGGGCGACGACUUUGGCAAGGUCAAGCUCUUUCGGUACCCGUGCGUCGCCAAGCACAGCGUCGCAUACGCUUACGCUGGCCACUCGUCCCAUGUGACGAACGUCCGAUGGCUGCACAACGAUACCCACGUUGUGAGCACUGGCGGCCUCGAUCGGUCGAUUCUGCAGUGGCAUCACGAGACGGGCGCCGAAGAAGACGUCAACAUCGGCAAAGCGUCGCCGUCCAAAGCCUCGCUCGCGACCGCCUUGUCCAACGCCGGUGCCACCGAGGACGACGACGAAGACGACCUUGGGCUGCCCAGGACAUUGGCGCCAGUCGCGUUUCCCGCGGAAGGCGGCGGCGACGAGUUCAUGGCUGUCAAGCCGUGGAUUGGCGCCAUCUGUGCGCCAAGCAACCCACCGAAAGAGAACCCGCGCGCACCCGACAUCCAACUGCGGCUCGAGUGGGUGUAUGGCUACCAAGCUGACUUGGCGCGCAACAAUUUACGCUACAAUGCCGACGGACAGAUCGUGUACCACGCCGCGGCCGUUGGCAUCAUCUACGAUCGACCGACCAACACGCAGAAGCACCACGUGGGCCACAACGAUGACAUUUUGAGCCUCGCCAUCUCGUCCUCAGGACGGUUCGUCGCGUCCGGCGAGCGCGGCAAGAAGCCCAGCAUUCGCGUCUGGGACGCGCGCUCCGGGGCGCUCUUGAGUGAGCUCAAAGGCUUCCACGCCCGUGGCGUUCUCAGCCUCGCCUUCGCGCUCGACGAAAAGACGAUUGCGAGCGUCGGUGACGACGACGACCAUAGCCUCGCGAUCUGGGAAGACAAGGGCGGCGCGUGGAGCAAAGGGGUUCUCCAGACGUCGACGCGCGGCGACAAGGCACUCAACGUCUUCACCUUGGCGGAUGCACGCCAUGGCCGAUUUGUCACGGGUGGCGUCAAGCACAUUUUGUUUUGGACCGUCGAGGGCAAGACUGCAAGCUGCACCAAGGGCCAGUUUGGGAAGCUCGCGACCAUUCAAACGCUCUGGUGCGCGUGCAGCUUCAAGGACGACGCGACGCUCACAGGCGCCGACAAUGGCGACAUGUAUCAAUGGUGCGGCAACACUGUCACCAAGAGUGUCAAGGCCCACGACGGCGCGCUCACAGCGCUUUACUCGACGUCCAAGCUCGACACGGUGGUCUCGGGUGGGAAGGAUGGCAAGGUUUGUGUAUGGAACUCGUCGCUCCAGCAGACGAGCUCGUUUGGGAUCGAGAGCAUGUACCCCGUGUGCGGUCUCCGAGGCAAGACCGUGCGCAGCGUGUGCAUGGACUCGGCGCAAACCAAGAUUCUUCUCGGCACAUGGGGCAGCGACAUCUUUGAAGUCGACGUGAGCAACGCGACGCUCGUGCUCGGAAAGCCCGUGACGGGAGGCCACUUUAAAGACGAGCUCUGGGGCCUCGCGGUGCAUCCGAUAGAGCCCCACACCGUGUGCACCGUGGGCGAUGACGCCGUCGCGCGCGUCUACAACUUGAAGCUCAAGACGUCGUGGGUGCUCAUGGAGCUCGACGACAUGGCGCGCGCUGUCGCCUACUCGCCCGACGGCCAGCUGCUUGCGAUCGGGUACGGCGGCGACGUCGGCCGCGGCAAGACAAAAGGCAACAAGCACGGCAUGAUUGGCUUCUACGAAGUGUCAACAACCACGAUCGUGCUGGAAGAUCGACCGUCCAAAGCGGCGAUCAGCGAGGUCAAGUUCGCCGCGUCUGGCGCGAUCGCGGCCUUUGGGUCGCACGACGACAAGAUUUACAUCUACAGCAUCCACGGCUCGGGCGCGAGUGCGAGCAUCGUCAAGAAGCACGUGUUUGCCAAGCACAUGAGCUACAUCACGCACUUUGAUUUUUCCCGCGACGCCAAGUACCUGCAGUCCAACUGCGGCGCGUACGAGCUUCUCUUUUGCGAGGUCGAGACGGGCAAGCAGAUGCGGUCGGCGAAAGCGCUCAAGGACGUCGUCUGGGACACGUGGACGUGCACGCUCGGGUGGCCCGUCCAGGGCAUCUGGCCCGAGUGCGCCGACGGCACGGACAUCAACAGCGUCUGUGCGUCCAAGUCGCGCGCGUUCAUCGCGACCGGCGACGACUUUUCCAAGCUCAAAGUGUUUCGGUACCCGUGUUUGACCAAAGGCGCCAAGUGGGUCCAAGGGGACGGCCACUGCUCGCACAUCACGUGCGUGCGCUUCACAUGCGACGACAAGUACAUCGUGUCGGCCGGCGGGAACGACCGCGCCGUGCUGCAGUGGAAGCUACUGGACCCGUAAGAAGCGUCUAUAGGAGUAUAUUACGAUUACUAUGUCGGAC